AUGGAUGCUUACUUAGGGUACAACCAGAUCUUCAUGCACCCUGAGGACCAAGCUCAUACAUCCUUCAUCACUGACCGUGGCCUUUACUGCUACAAAGUCAUGCCCUUCGGCCUCAAGAACACCGGGGCUACGUAUCAGCAUCUAGUGAACAGCAUCUUUGCUCCACUGAUUGGUAACACCAUGGAGGUUUAUGUUGAUGACAUGCUCGUCAAGAGUCGCACUGCUGACUAG